AUGCCGGCAAGAAGUUUGGCUUCAAUCGCCGAAGAGCUCAAGAUGUCGCGGGCUUCCUCUUCGAGCCCGAGUGUCGGCCCACUUGCCGACGAGGCCGGCCAGGACUUGCCAGCGCUGCCUCUCGAGGUCGAACGCCAGAGCGGCUCCGGAGAUCGUGCAGAGAUGGCUUACAGGCCUCAGGCCUCCGUGGCCGUCCUUCGGCAUGGCGAGCGCCAGGACGCUGUUUUCGAUUCCGGCUGGCAUCAGACGGAGGACGCAGCGAAACAUCCGGGAGAUUGUCCAAUCACUGACGAGGGCGUGAGGGCCGCCAAGGAGGUGGCACAUACACUCCGUGAUUUUGGCGACUAUGGCAUCAUCGUUUCCUCGCCGUAUCUACGCUGUGUCCAGACAGCCGUGGCAAUAGCUGAUGAGUUGGAUCUGGUGGUUCUCCUCGACCAAGAAUUGGGCGAAGUCUUCGGCCCCGACAUCUUCGGAGAGUUAGGCGCGCGCCCACGUGCAUGGCGCACGCGACACGAGUUGCAUAAGGCCCUGGAGGCCUGGGAGCCGAAGCUGGAGAAGGGCUUCUCCAUGGCCCCAGCUCGCCGUGUUUGUUGGCAGAGGGUGCUAGGCUCGGCCCCAAAAUGGGGGGAGCGGAUCCCGGCUGCACGGCAGCGCUACGCGCGACGAUUUCUGCGAUAUUUGAGCAGAAGCCGUCGUGGGAGCAAGAAUUUGAUCGUGGUGUCUCACGGCAUCAUGGUGCAGACUUGCAUGAAGGUGCUUCCCAGCACAUCUGUUUGGGAUGUGGGCUCAAUUCCUUACUGCAGCGGCCUCAUGGCCCAUUUCUGGCAGAAGCAGUCAUUCGCUUCUCCGGAUUCCUUCACACCCAAGACGUUUCACGACCAGUUCAGCUUCAUGAUUACCGAGGCGGACAUGAUGGCUCCAACCCCUGCCGCCGAUGCAGAGGCACCUGCGCUUGAACAUACACCGCCCUCGACUGACCUGUCCGCUGAAGCUGAAGAAGAGUCUCAGCUUCGCCAUGCGCGGCUUCAAUGGUGGGAGGUUCAUGUUGUGGGAGCGGAUGUACAGUACGAUGUGCUGUCCCCUCGGUCUCGAACGCGCUCGAGGAACCGGUAUCAGGACUAUCUCGACUCGAUUCGCUCAGACCAUUUCUCCUGGGACAAUCUGUACAGCUUGCUGGGAGACCUUCCGGACGAGGUCCCUUUGGAUGCGUUUCAGGGCGUGGCCGGAAGAAACGACAGCCUGGACCUUUCUAGUGAUUCGGGCACGCGCAGCUCUAUGGAGAUUUUUCGUCGGCCAAGAAUCACAUCUUUGCAGACGGAGAGCGUGGGUACACUCGAAGCUUGGUGGUUUGGUGCUGAGAUUUGCGCCGAGAUGAGCAUUUCCUUAGAGUAA